GUGCCUGCAUCAAUCACCUAUUUUCAGGGUUCAGCUUUCAUCACUUCAAGCCUGUAACACUAGUCUCGGCUAGGCGCUCAAACGCUAGAAGGCUGCUGCCAUUCAGCUGUCACCGGGCCUCUCCACUGAGCCCGUUGCUCUGCUCCGCCUUUCCGACCACGCAUCGACACUUUAUUGCCUGUUGACAGCACUGCACUGCGCUUCAGGCCCCAAGCUGACAUACUCUCCGCCUGCCGAUGCCUUCACUCUACGUUACUUAGAAGACUGUCCAGCAAGCCUUUUGAAGAACACUCACACUCCUUUUCCGAACGAUUCAUCGUAGCGCUGUGCAAUCUCACCGCGUACAGCAUUUUGACGCUGUGAGAAAUGGCCGGGAGGCCCAAUGCGCCUGAAGCGUCUAGAAACAACAAUCCUUUCAACUCAGAGUCCUCACAACCCUACUACAGCACAGGGGAGCGCCCACCCGUGGAUGACUCGCAACUAUUACAGGCCUUCAACAUCGACGACACCGACGAACCUCAACCGAGACCUUCCACGAGUUACGAUGAUUUUGUUGGUGGUGGAAGACCAACCACAGUGCCAGGCAAUGCACAACCGGUAGCAGCAUCUUCCCAGCGUCCUUUUACGGCUCCCUACAUGAAUGAUGGCGCACGAAACUACUCCCAGACAUCCGACUUGAACAAUUAUGCCAAGUAUGGGGACGGGGAGGAGGAUGUGGAAGAUGACACCGGAUACAAAUACUACGACGGCGGAGGGCAUGCCUCGGACGAGAACAUCCCUGGCGGAGGCUUCAAAGUGGUCGGACGACAUCAUGGCCAGAACCGAAGCAGUCUGCUGUCCAUGGGCGGUGUUAUGGACAAAGCCAAAGGAAUGCUGGGCAUGCGGGACAGCAACUAUUCUGACAUGGCCCUACCGUUGACAGAGUCGGGCGUACACAAUGCCAGAGUGGAUAGCGCAUCAAUUGAGGAAGAGCAUCAUGCGAAAGAAAAGAGGAGGUUCGACCUCGACGACAUCAAGGCCAUGUUUGGGAGGAAACCUGUCGACCCGUCCACGCUCGGUCCCAGAGUCAUCCAACUCAACAACCCCUCGGCGAACGCGUCCAAUAAAUGGGUUGACAAUCACAUUUCCACGGCCAAAUACAAUGUCGUGACUUUCUUGCCGAAGUUUCUGCUGGAGCAGUUCUCCAAAUAUGCCAACCUCUUCUUCUUGUUUACCGCCAUCCUACAGCAAAUUCCAAACGUCACACCUCUGAGUCGAUAUACCACAAUUGUUCCCUUGGGGAUAGUGCUCUUGGUCUCCGCAAUCAAAGAACAGGUGGAGGACUACAAGAGAAAGUCUGCGGAUAAAGCUCUUAACGAUUCCCGAGCACAUGUCCUGAAAGGCUCAAGUUUCGUCGACACGAAAUGGAUCAAUGUCGCUGUGGGUGAUAUCGUACGAGUUGAGUCUGAAGAGCCAUUUCCGGCCGACUUGGUCCUGCUUGCUAGCUCCGAACCAGAAGGUCUAUGCUAUAUCGAAACCGCGAAUCUCGAUGGUGAGACUAACCUCAAGAUCAAACAAGCGAUUCCGGAAACGGCACAUUUGGUCAGCCCUGCAGACUUGGGAAGACUUUCAGGACGGAUGAAGUCUGAACAGCCCAACAGCAGUCUCUAUACGUACGAGGCCACCCUGAAGAUGUCGGGCAGCAACAGUGAGAAGGAGCUCCCUCUUCAGCCUGACCAGUUACUGCUGCGUGGAGCGACACUGAGGAAUACUCCUUGGAUAUACGGAGUAGUUGUCUUCACCGGCCAUGAAACGAAGUUGAUGCGUAAUGCGACCGCCACGCCUAUCAAACGUACCGAUGUCGAGCGAAUGCUUAACAAGCAGAUCUUGAUGCUCAUCGCUGUAUUGCUGGUUCUUAGUCUGAUCAGUACUAUCGGCGAUAUCAUUGUAAGAUCAACCGCCGGCCAAAAAUUGACCUAUCUGGAUUAUGGCAGCUUCAAUGCGGCCUCACAAUUCUUCUUGGACAUGUUCACUUAUUGGGUGUUAUACUCGAAUCUAGUUCCUCUGUCACUGUUCGUGACAAUCGAGCUUGUGAAGUACUACCAAGCCUUUCUCAUUAGCAACGAUUUGGACAUAUACUACAGCGAAACCGACACUCCUGCAGUAUGUCGAACGUCAUCGCUGGUGGAGGAGUUGGGACAAAUUGAAUACAUCUUCUCAGAUAAGACGGGGACUUUGACCUGUAACAUGAUGGAGUUUCGUAUAUGCACAAUUGGUGGCAUUCAGUAUGCGGGCGUUGUGCCUGAAGAUCGAAAAGCAGAGUCUCCUGACGAUACGAGCGGCUUCCAUACUUUCAAGCAACUGAAGGAGAACUUGAAGUCGCAUCCGACAAGCUCGGCCAUCGAUCAAUUUCUCACGCUACUGGCAGUCUGUCACACUGUCAUUCCAGAAAGAAAAGACGAAAAGUCCGAAAUCAGGUAUCAAGCUGCGUCUCCAGACGAAGGUGCACUGGUUGAAGGUGCCGUCGAACUAGGGUACAAGUUCGUGGAUCGAAAACCGCGGUCAGUUUUCGUACAGAUUGACGGACGGGAAGUCGAAUACGAGCUGUUGGCUGUGUGCGAAUUUAACUCCACUCGAAAAAGGAUGUCAACCAUCUUCCGCUGCCCAGAUGGUAAGAUAAGAAUCUAUUGUAAAGGAGCUGAUACCGUCAUUCUCGAAAGACUGGCAAAGGAGAAUCCCACAGUGGAUGUGACACUGCAGCAACUGGAAGAUUAUGCUACGGAAGGUCUACGGACACUCUGUCUCUCAAUGCGUGAAGUACCAGAACAAGAAUAUCGGGAAUGGCGACAAGUCUAUGAUCGAGCCGCUACGACCGUGGGUGGGAAUCGUGCCGAAGAGCUUGACAAGGCCGCUGAAAUCAUCGAACAUGACUUGUACCUGCUGGGUGCCACGGCUAUUGAAGAUCGUCUACAAGAUGGCGUACCCGAGACCAUCCACACACUUCAGACAGCGGGCAUCAAGGUCUGGGUAUUGACCGGCGAUAGACAGGAAACUGCCAUCAAUAUCGGCAUGAGUUGUAAACUGAUCAGUGAAGACAUGACGCUACUGAUCGUUAACGAGGGCAAUUCCACGGCAACAAGAGACAAUUUGCAGAAGAAGUAUGACGCGGUUCGAAAUCAAGCCGCCGGCGGCGAAUAUGACACGCUUGCGCUGGUCAUUGACGGAAAGUCGCUCACAUUCGCCUUGGAAAAGGACAUGGAAAAACUUUUCCUCGACCUAGCAGUAAUGUGCAAGGCUGUCAUAUGCUGCCGCGUGUCUCCUCUGCAGAAGGCGCUUGUUGUCAAGCUUGUCAAGCGCCACCUCAAGGCCUUACUUCUGGCGGUUGGGGACGGCGCCAAUGACGUGUCUAUGAUCCAAGCAGCGCACGUCGGUGUUGGUAUCAGUGGUGUCGAAGGUCUUCAAGCCGCUCGCAGCGCCGACGUCUCGAUCGGACAGUUCCGUUUCCUCAGAAAACUGCUCCUGGUCCAUGGAGCAUGGAGCUACCAGCGUAUUAGCAAGGUCAUAUUGUAUUCUUUCUACAAGAACAUCGCUAUGUUCAUGACACAGUUCUGGUAUUCUUUUCAAAACGCCUUUUCAGGCCAAACCAUCUACGAGUCCUGGACAUUGUCAUUCUACAACGUCCUUUUCACGGUUCUACCACCUUUCGCUAUGGGCGUCUUCGACCAAUUUAUUUCCGCAAGGCUGUUGGACCGCUACCCGCAACUCUACCAGUUGACGCAGAAGGGCCUGUUUUUCCGCAUGCACUCAUUCUGGUCGUGGGUCGCCAACGGGUUCUAUCACUCCAUCUUGGCGUACAUUUUCUCCUCUUACUUCUUUUAUGACGAUUUGAUUUUGUCGAACGGCAAGAUCGGCGGGCACUGGCUCUGGGGCACGUCAACGUACACGGCGAUUUUGUUGGUUGUGCUUGGGAAAGCCGCCCUCAUCACCAACGUGUGGACAAAGUACACUGUCAUCGCAAUCCCGGGGUCCUUCGUGAUUUGGCUGGCAUUGAUCCCCGCUUACUCGUACGCCGCGCCGAAUAUUGGGAAGGGCUUUUCAACUGAGCUCGAGGGCAUAAUUCCGGUGAUGUUUACAUCGCCUGCUUUCUAUGCCUUGUGUUUGGUGCUUCCGCCGGUGUGUCUGCUACGGGACUUUGCCUGGAAGUACGCCAAGCGCAUGUACUUCCCGCAGACGUACCAUCACGUCCAGGAGAUUCAGAAGUACAAUGUUCAGGAUUACCGGCCUCGUAUGGAACAAUUCCAGAAAGCGGUACGCAAGGUGCGGCAGGUGCAGAGGAUGAGGAAACAAAGGGGUUACGCAUUUUCGGCGGGCGAUGAGACUGGGCAGCAGAUGAGAGUGCUGAAUGCUUAUGAUACGACGCAACAGAGGGGUCGCUAUGGCGAGUUGAUCAGUGGGAGAGGUACGGGCACGACGCCGGGCGCUUGAAUGUUCUUGAAAUGGCUUUUGGGGAUAUGCCGGCUCUUGAGAUCUUCCAGGCUUCAAUGCGAGGGUGUCUUGCGGGCGUUUCUACUUUGAGUCCAUGAAUCUUGCAUGACGGGGUUUGUGAUGAGGAUGUGUACGCGUUUCAUGUACUUGUACACCUUGAAUGCAGAUUGCAAAAUCCGUCUUGAAUCGAUGGUCGAGCGUACGAUGGAGAUUUAUGACCUUCACCUGUCUACUCCGGGUCUAUCUACCAUAGCCAUGUUUCCGUCUAGGUCGUUAAGACGAAUCUAGCGCGCUCAUUGAGAAGCCAGGAGAGUCCCCUUGGACUAGAACAUCAUUACUCCUCCUUACAGAACAAUGCGC